AUGGAACAGACAACAACAGCUCCUUGGCAGGAGGAGGCCAUCCCAGCCCCUGCGAGCGCCCACACUCAAACCCACACGAGGUCCGAGUCAUCGGCGUCGUCCGAGACGGCGUGCUCAACCAACGAGAAGAGACACUCAUCCACUUCGACAUCCUCCAUCGUCAAGGAAAAAGGUCAUCGCCACACGUGCUCGACCGCGUCGUCAACAGACCUCGAGGCCCAGCUCAGCGAAGUCGACGACUUCUCGCAGAAACGUUUCGGGUUCAUCCGAUACACCGCCCUCAACGUCUACCGCCGCCUUUUCAGCCUCGCCUUCAUCGGCAAUGCCAUCGGAUUCAUCGUCCUCAUGGCCAGGGGCGCCGCCCCGCUGGACCUCGUCAACGCCUCGGCCAUCAACCUCGCCGUCUGCGGCCUCUGCCGCCACCCGCUUGUCGUCAACAUGCUGUUCCUCACCUUCGGCGCCGUCCCGCGGUCCGCCCCAAUGAGGCUGCGCCGCCUGGCCUGCAAGAUCUUCCACCUCGGCGGCGUCCACAGCGGCACGGGCGUGGCGUCGUGCGUCUGGUACAUCGGCUUCGCGGGGGUCUACACGUACAACUUCACGCCCUCGCCGCUGGCCACCGCCGCGCUCGUCCUCAUCUGGAUCGUCCUCGCCUUCCUCCUGGCCAUCAUCAUCGUCGCCCACCCCGCCUUCCGCGCCAAGUGCCACGACUACUUCGAACUCACCCACCGCUUCUCCAACUGGCUCAUCCUCGCCCUCUUCUGGGCACUGCUCUUCCUGCUCGGCUCGCAGCAGCCCUCGCUGGCCGGCUUCCUCCUCCACCUUCCCGCCUUCUGGAUCCUCAUCCUCCUGACGCUCGCCACCAUCCACCCGUGGCUGCUCCUCCGGCGCGUGCCCGUGGUCGCCGAGCCGCUCUCGCCGCACGCCGUGCGCCUGCACUUCGCCCACACGAGCGUGCGCUUCGGCCAGGGCAUCAGCGUCGCGCGCCACCCGCUCGCCGACUGGCACAGCUUCGCCAGCUUCACGGACCAGUUCGACGCGCCGGCCACGCGCUUCUCGUGCCUGGUGUCGCGCGCGGGCGACUGGACGCGCGCCGCCAUCGCCAGCCCGCCCGCGCACCUGUGGACGCGCGGCGUGCCGACCUACGGCUUCGGCUACGUGUUCCGCAUGUUCGAGCGCAUCGUCGUGGUCACCACGGGCUCCGGCAUCGGGCCGUGCCUGUCGUUCAUCGAGGACGCGCGCCGCCCCGCCAUGCGCGUCGUCUGGCAGGCCCGCAGCCCGCUCGAGACGUACGGCCAGCGCACGCUGGACCUGGUCCGCCGCAUGGAUGCCGAGCCCGUCAUCAUUGAUUCCAAGGUCUCGGGCCGCGUCGAUAUGCUGCCCGUCGUGCUGCGGCUGUACAAGGACUUUGGCGCCGACGCGGUGUGCGUGAUCAGUAAUGCGAAGAUGACCAAGAGUUUGGUGUACAGCCUUGAGACGCGCGGGAUCGCCGCGUAUGGGCCGAUUUUCGAUAGUUGAUUGCCAUGGUGGUGG